AUGGAGAGCACGGCGCCGCGGCGUCAACCUUCUGUGCGUGGCCUCCGAGAGCCCAACAUCCUAGCUCAGAACUUGUUUGCUACAUCAUCUCCAUGCUCUUGGGAUGGCACUCGGCGUCCAGGAUGUGCGGAGGGGUGCUCUUGUGGCUGGACAGAGCGGUGUCAUCCUAGCUACGUGCUUGUUGCAGAGAAUGCUAGCCGCAGCGCAGAGGGGUUUCGCUUGGUAGACAUCGGUGCCUGCGGCAUGGAUUUUCGAGUCGUCGUCCUGGUCUCGCUCAUGCUGCCAGUGCUCCUACUUACAUGCCUAAUUGUGGCCCGGCACAUCUUGGCAAACGUGGCCGACCCUGAUGGGAGUGUCCUGGAUCGACGACAGAACCGUCGAAUGGACUCUCUAUGCAGCAAGGACCGAGAGGUGGCAGCCAUGACCAGGAACUUGAGGAGGAAAGCCCGCGAGGUCCAAUGA